AUGGCUAAUAUCGAGGCUCUCGCAACCAUACCUACGGUUGACAUCAGUGCCUUUCUAGAUGCUGAUGCAUCAGCCGAGGCUCGUGAGGCCGUCGUCAAGAACAUGAGCGACGCUUGUCACAUCUACGGCUUCUUCAAUCUUGUCGGCCACGGCAUUCCUGAACAUGCCAUUAAAGAAGCCUUUGACGCAAACAAGACGUUCUUUGCUUUGCCCGAGGACAAGAAGAUGGAAGUCUGGAUCAACAAAUCAGUUGGUCGUUCUUUCAGAGGUUACGAGCCGCCUCUGAUCCAGACACACCACAAAGGCCUUCUUCCUGAUACCAAGGAGACUUUUAUGGUGGGACGAGAAGUUCCACUGGAGGACCCGGAUUGUGGCUCUUUCUCGACUGGCCCUAAUCUCUGGCCCUCAAGCUUGCCCAAGGAGAAGUUCCGAGACGUGAUCAUGGGAUACCAGGAAAGAAUGGUGGAGUUGGUAGGCAAGCUUCUUGAGAUCCUUGCUCAGGGACUGCCUAAAGAGUGGAAUUGCCCACCCAAUGUCUUCGAGUCAUUGCUCGAGAAGCCGUCUAUCCCCAUGCGGUUCCUUCACUACGCUCCAGUGCCAGCACAGGACAGCCGUCAGUUCGGAGUCGCCGACCAUACUGACUUUGGAUGUGUGACCAUCCUCGCACAGGAACCGGGCACGACGGGCCUGGAAGUGUACUAUCCGCCAUCCAACUCAUGGGUCCCCGUUCCCGUCAAGGAGAACGCCUAUGUCAUCAACAUGGGCGACAUGAUGCAGAAAUACACCGGGGGCUACUAUCGUAGUGCUCGUCACCGCGUGCUAACCAACACAGACAAGCACCGCCAUAGCGUGGCCUUUUUCCUUAACGGAAACCUCAAGCUGAAUGCAAAGGCACUUGAUGGUUCUGGGGCAGAGACUGUCGUGGGAGAACAUAUCCGUGGACGCUUGAUUGAGACCAUGGGAUCUACUGGAAAGUUGCUUGAACGAGAGGAAAUUGAAGCUAUGUAG